UCGUCGGUCCACGGUCUCAAGCUCUCAGCUUGCUCGUGCCUCGAUCGCCCAGCUUUGAUCUCGUCAGUACGUCCCGUCUUCUCGACAGUAGUACUAGUGGCCUGUCUCGAGAACCACUCACUGCACGACGCCUCUGAAGAGCUAGCUUCUUGCACUUCCAUUUCCAUGGCGAGCCACCACCGGUCCGCCGCCAUGGACAGGGCGGAGCUGUUCCGGACGGUGAGGCAGGCCACGCUGAACCACGCGCGGCUGCUGUCCCACCGCCUCGCCGCCCGCCUGCCGCACAUCCUCGCCGUCACGCUCCUCGUCGCCGUGGCCCCGCUCGUGCCGCCGUCGUCGUCGCUCGCGGGGGCGCCCCGGGCGCUCCGUGACUGGGCGCGCGCCAACGCCGGUCUGGCGGCGGCGGCGUGCGCGGGCCUGGCUGCCGCGGCGUACGCGUACGCCGCGUCCCGGCCCCGCCCCGUGUACCUCGUCGACCUGUCCGGGUACAAGCCGGGCCCGGCGCACGAGGCCACCCGCGCCCAGUCCAUCCGCCACUUCGCGGUGGCGGGGCGGUUCACGGACGAGAGCAUCGCGUUCCAGACCCGGAUGCUGGAGCGCGCCGGGGUGGGCGAGGCCACGCACUUCCCGGCGUCGCUGCUCACCGUCCCCGUCGACAUGUCCCUCCGCGCCGCCCGGGAGGAGUCCGAGGCCGUCGUCUUCGGCGCCGUCGACGACCUUCUGGCGAAGACCGGCGUGCUCGCCCAGGACAUCGGCGUCGUCAUCGUCAACUCCAGCCUCUUCAGCCCCACGCCGUCCUUCACGGCGCUCGUCGUCAACCGCUACGGCCUGCGCCACGACGUCGUCACCCACAACCUCAGCGGCAUGGGCUGCAGCGCCGGCAUCAUCGCCAUCGACCUCGCCAAGCACCUGCUCCAGGUGCACCCGGACACGUACGCGCUGGUGGUGAGCACGGAGAACAUCACCCUGAACGCGUACCUGGGCAACCACCGCCCGAUGCUGGUGACCAACACGUUGUUCCGGAUGGGCGGCGCGGCCGUGCUCCUGUCCAACCGCCGCGCCGACCGCCGCCGCGCCAAGUACCAGCUGGUCCACACGGUGCGCACGCACCGCGGCGCCAGCGGCCGGAGCUACGGCUGCGUGACGCAGGAGGAGGACGACGGGGGCAACGUCGGCGUGUCGCUCUCCAAGGAGCUCAUGUCCGUGGCCGGCGAGGCGCUGCGCACCAACAUCACGACGCUGGGCCCGCUGGUGCUCCCGCUCUCGGAGCAGCUCCGGUUCCUGGGCGCCGUCCUGCUCCGCCGCGUGCUCCGCGCCGACGUCAAGCCCUACGUGCCGGACUUCAAGCUGGCGCUGGAGCACUUCUGCAUCCACGCGGGGGGGCGCGGCGUGCUGGACGAGCUGGAGCGCAGCCUCGGGCUCAGCGCCUGGCACAUGGAGCCGUCGCGGAUGACGCUCCACCGGUUCGGCAACACCUCCAGCAGCUCGCUCUGGUACGAGCUCGCCUACUGCGAGGCCAAGGGCCGGAUCAGGAAGGGCGACCGCGUCUGGCAGAUCGCAUUCGGGUCCGGGUUCAAGUGCAACAGCGCCGUCUGGAAGGCGCUCAGGACGGUCGACGACGCCGGGGAGACCAACCCGUGGGCCGCCGAGGUCGACCGCCUCCCGGUGCACGUGCCCAAGGUGGCGCCCAUCGCGUUCGACGACGACCACCAGGCGCCCGGCAAGGAAGACGACGGACACCACGCUGCCUAGCUAGCAGCCAAGUCUAUUUGGCUGUGCUAGCUUCAUCAUACGCCUAUAUCUUGCGUGGUCGAUCUGGCGCCCGGGCUUAUUGGCAGC